UUUCCACGUCGGUUUAUGGCUUUUAAUAAAAUUCUCCCACGUCUUGUCGAAUUUUCAUUACUCUCUACACGAACCGUCACGAUCUACCAGCAUAAUAAUCCGGCUCUGAUCCAAGGUAGGGAGGGGCAGGCCAGCGCAGGGGGGUCCCUUAAAACCCGCCAACAGAAUCGACUUUCGAAUAUUUGUAGAGUGCCUUCUGACUUGUACGCAACUAAAAAUUCGCCAAGUGUGCGGUUCAGUGACGCGAUGGCCAAUUUUGGAUUAUUUUUGACCCUCUUGCUAGCCUACGUCCAACAGGGAUGGGCCCUACGUUGUUGGUCAUGCUCGUCCGACCUGGACAGUACCUGCAUGGAUCCCUUCAAUGCAACAAAACUCAUCACCCAGCGCCAGUAUUUCCAACAAACUAACUACAACAACCAGUAUCAAAGAAACGACAUGCCCAUCUUGAGAGAGUGUACCAACGAUCUGGGUCAAAUCUACAACCAAAAGCAAAUGUGCGUCAAGAGAGUUAUUAAUGUGCCAUAUGGCAAGAAAAUCGUCUCCAGGGAGUGCAAAGCGGUGUCCACCAACCAGGCCGCCGGCACCUGCCCCGAUAGAAGCAACAACGUCGAAUUUUGCGAGUACUGCGAGUACGAUGGGUGUAACGGAGCCACCGGAAUGAAAGCUAACGUUUUGGGAGCUUUGGCAGUACCUGGCGUUUUGCUGCUGUUCCUUCGCAGAUAAUCGCGUGCUUAAUAGAUGUUAAUUAGAUGUAGAGGUCUAUGUACAAAGUAAUUUUCACUGUUGAGUAGGUACAGGAAAAGCGGUGUCCACCCAAAGGUGCCUUUGUUAAACACAUAAAUUGUGAAGGUUACGUUUUGCAAAGAAGAAGUAAAAUGUAAAUAGUUGUGUUAUUAACAGCAUUAAUGUAAGUUUUCAACAAUUAAAAAAUAAAUUUGUUUUUUAA